AUGUCUUCGACCCCACGCUGGCUCAGGUUCAAAAAAAUCCACUACUAUCUCAUACCGCUUGUUGCGCUCGUAGUGUGGUGGGGCAUGCUCAUUGCCUUGAUGUCGGCAUGGUCCAUCCAGGGCCAUCCCAUCUACUGGUUUAUGGGCGAAACAGACCAAAACCCAGUGUACAUCAGUGACAUUGGCGCUACAAACUUGCAGCCGUUGUUCAUUUCGUGCACAGGGUUCCAGUUGAUCUUCUUUGUCGGCACUUUGUUGAUGGAGUAUGUGUUGAGAAGAAUGAAGAAGUUGCAGCCAUACGUAUCCAACAAACAGCCUUGGUUUGCCAUCGUCAGCAUCAUCUGUGCUGUGAUUGGGCAAUUGGGCAUUUUGUUUGUGUCGAUCUUUAACACAAAGAACUUUCAUACCGUUCAUAUCACCAUGGUGGGGGUGUUUAUCUUCUUCAUCUUCUGGGCUUGUUUCUUCAACUUCCUCAAUUCGUUUAUCUUCGGUAAUUUCCCUCAGAGAUUGCAUCCAAACCACGAAAGGGUCAUCUUUGGCAAACACAGAUGGGCCAACCUUUACAUGGUGUCGUUUUUCUUCAAAUUGUUAUGGCUUAUAGUUGCCGUGAUCUUGGCAGCCUUUUUCGGAUAUGAGAUGAAGCACGACAACGACUCCAUUUCAGCAUGUUUUGAGUGGACAAUCUCCUUCUGGUAUGGUCUCUUGCUUGUUUUCUGGGCCAUUGACUUGUUCCCAUCUGCUGUUAAACACUACAGAAUACGCCACCCAGAGCAGUACCCAGCUUUCGUUGAUCGCCACAAGGAGCCCAUGGCUGAGGUGCAUGAUCCCAACAACGAAAACUCUUUCCAGCCUAUACCAAAACGGUAUUCGUCCAGUUCUGGCGUUCGGGACGACACCACCCUAGAAAACUCUCCAAGAAUCCCUCCUACUCUGAGAGUGCCUCAGCCACUUGCUGUGCCCGAGAACCCAUACGAUGGCGUUAUCACAGUGCCAGUAGAAGAGGUGCAUACCCGAAGCACUUUCGACAACCAAAGACGAACCUUUGUACCACCCACACAGACAUACACUGGAGAGCCUAAACUCCACGAGUACCUGCGCCAGCAGAUGCAAAAUGCACAGGAGCAAGUUUAG